AUGAUGGGAUUGCUUUGGUGGCUGUCGUUUUAUAUCCCUUUGCUAUCGCCCGCUCUUGCUGGAGGUGUCACCCGAGUCUAUUACUUGGGGAUCCGUGAGGUGGACUGGAACUAUGCUCCAUCGGGAAGGAAUGUACUUGCUAAUCAAAGCAUUGAACAUGACGUCAAGGCUUCAGUGUUCCUCCAGCCUGGCACAGACCGAGUGGGAGGCAUGUACAGGAAAUCUGUCUAUAAGCAAUACACAGACUCCACGUAUACCACUGAGAUUCCCAAACCUGCCUGGCUGGGGUUUCUCGGGCCCAUCAUCCGAGCAGAAGUGGGGGAUACCAUUAAAGUACAUCUAAAAAAUUUUGCUAGUCGGCCAUACACGAUCCAUCCUCAUGGUGUUUUCUAUGAGAAGGACUCUGAAGGAUCCCUGUAUCCCGAUAUGUCCCCCCAGGAUCAGAAGAAGGAUGAUGCUGUUUUCCCAGGAGGGAAUUACACCUAUACUUGGACUGUCCCUGAAGAUCACAGCCCAACUGCUGAUGACCCAAACUGCUUGACCUGGAUCUACCAUUCUCAUAUUGAUGCACCAAAGGAUAUUGCAUCUGGAUUAAUUGGGCCAUUGUUAACAUGCAAGAAAGGGAUACUUACUGGCAAUUCUCAAAGACGCCGGGAUGUGGACAUGGAUUUCUUUCUGAUGUUCAGUGUGGUGGAUGAGAACCUAAGCUGGUACCUGGAUGAGAACAUAGCAUCAUUCUGUACAGAUCCAGGCUCUGUAGACAAAGAUGAUGAGGAAUUCCAAGAAAGCAACAAGAUGCACGCUAUUAACGGCUACGUCUUUGGGAACCUCCCUGAGAUGACGAUGUGUGCUGGGGAUUAUGUUGCAUGGCACCUCUUUGGAAUGGGCAAUGAAAUCGAUGUUCACACAGCCUACUUCCAUGGAGAGACACUCAUCAUCAGAGGCCACAGGACAGAUGUGGCCAGCCUAUUCCCAGCCACUUUUGUCACGGCAGAUAUGAUUCCCAGUAACCCUGGGAGGUGGUUGCUGAGCUGCCAGGUCAAUGAUCACAUACAAGCUGGAAUGGGGGCACUCUAUGAAGUCCGACCUUGUUCUCGGCAAGCUCCAAAAUCCACCCUCAGUGGGAGAAUUCGGAAAUACUACAUAGCUGCGAAGGAAGUGCAGUGGGACUACGGACCCUCCAGACUGGACCAAAGCAGUGGGAAACAGCUGACUGAGGCAGGCAGCCCUUCUGAACAGUUUUUCAAGCGUAGCCCUGACCGAAUUGGGGGAGUUUAUUGGAAGGCCAAGUAUGUGGAAUAUACUGAUGAGACCUUCCGUGAGGAAAAAAAGCAAUCGGAAGAAGAGAAACAUCUUGGGAUACUUGGUCCAGUGAUAAAAGCUGAAGUUGGAGAUACCAUCGUGGUGACAUUUGUUAACAAAGCCUCCUGGCCCUUCAGCAUCCAGCCUCAUGGAGUGUCCUACAGGAAGGAGUGGGAAGGGAUGUGGUACCAUGAUGGUGUGUCACAGAAUGGGUUUUCUGUUGAGCCUCUGCAUAACUUUACCUACCGGUGGACGGUACCACAGCACGUUGCACCCACACCUAGUGACCCUCCCUGCCUGACCUGGAUGUAUAGCUCUGCUGUGAAUCCUGUCAGAGACCCCAGCUCGGGCUUGGUGGGCCCUCUGGUGGUCUGCAAGCCUGGGACUCUGGAUGAAAACAACAAGCAGAAAGGGAUCGACAAAGAAUUUUACCUUCUCUUCAGUGUGUUUGAUGAGAAUAUCAGCUGGUAUUUAAAUGCAAACAUAAAAUACUAUUUGAGGAUGGAAGAGACUUCAGUGAAAAAGGAUAAUGGCUUCACGGAAUCGAACAGGAUGCAUGCCAUCAAUGGGUUUAUGUUUGGUAACUUGCCUGGGCUGGAUGUGUGUGAAGGAGACAACGUGUCCUGGCACCUGCUGGGCUUGGGCACUGAAGCGGAUGUGCACGGAGCUGUGUUUCAAGGCAACACCCUGCGGAUGAACGGGAUGCAGAGGGAUUCCACCAACCUGUUCCCCCACACAUUUGCUACGGCCUUUAUGCAACCCGAUAACAAAGGGAUUUUUGAGAUCUACUGUCAAACGAGCAAUCACUACCAGGCCGGGAUGAGGGGACGCUACUCUGUUUCCAAGUGCGACCAAACGGCCCCUGCUCCUGCCCGCCGCUACCAGGGCGUGCGGACCUACUACGUGAUGGCCGAGGAGGUGGAGUGGGACUACGCGCCCGACCGCGGCUGGGAGCGCGAGCGGCACCACGGCUCCGCGCACAGCUAUUCCAAUGUGUUCUUGAGCAAUGAAAAUGGACUGCUUGGUUCCAAGUACAAGAAAGCAGUUUAUAGGGAAUAUACUGAUGGGACAUUCCAGACCCCGAAGGCCAGGAUAAAUGGUGAUGAACAUCUAGGGAUCCUGGGCCCUUUUAUGUGGUCAGAAGUAGGAGAUAUUCUCAAUAUUGUGUUCAAGAACAAUGCUACACGACCAUACUCCAUCCAUGCACAUGGAGUACUGGAAAAGGAGACAGGAGAGCCACAAGCAGCAAACCCUGGUGACAUUGUGACGUACAGAUGGGAAGUUCCUGAGAGAUCUGGUCCAGGGCCGAAUGAUUCAGCCUGUGUCCCUUGGAUCUACUACUCCAUGGUGGACCCCAUAAAGGAUAUGUACAGCGGUCUGAUUGGACCCCUGAAGAUCUGCCGGAAAGGUGUGCUGCAAUCCGAUGGGAUUAGGAAGGAGGUACAGAGGGAGUUUGCCCUACUGUUCCUGGUGUUUGAUGAAAAUCAAUCCUGGUACUUGGAGGAGAAUGUGGAACGUUACAGUCGUGGGAAUCACAGAGAAAUCAACCUGCUGGAUGACGUGUUUGUGGAAAGCAACAAAAUGCAUGCAAUCAAUGGGAGGCUCUAUGCAAACUUGCCUGGACUGACCAUGUUCCAAGGAGAGUGGGUGAACUGGUACCUGCUGGGAAUGGGUCAGGAGAUUGAUGUCCACACAGUCCAUUUUCAUGCUGAGACCUUCACAUACAAGAAUGGCAAAGGCUACAGAGCAGAUGUUGUGGAUCUAUUCCCUGGGACCUUUGAAAUGGUGGAGAUGUUGCCUGGGAACCCUGGGACGUGGCUGCUUCAUUGUCACGUCUCUGAUCAUAUUCAUGCUGGCAUGGAGAUACUCUUCCAUGUCUUGCCCAAACCAGAGCCAGCAGCUGAAGUCCUGAGCUACACUGAAGAGACGCCGCCUGAGGAUGAGUCCCAGAAGGUCAUGCUGUUUGGAGCUAAGAUGGCUCCAGAGCAUGUGGAAGCCACAGUCAUCAUUCUAGCUGUUGCAGGAAUAGUGCUCUUCCUGGUUGCCAGUCUCCUCCUGGGAAUGGUCAUCCAUCUCGAGAGGCAAAAGAGGUUAAGGCGCAAUAGGAGGUCCAUUCUGGAUGAUGGAUUCAAACUCAUGUCUAAAAAGAAUCAGGGGAUAUAAGACCCAUG